AUGGUUGGGGCUGCCGCUUUCAUGUACCUUGAUUACUCCUAUAAAAAGGGCAACUUCUCAAAUCCAGGUAUGGUUUUCACGGGCAGAUCAAAUGCGAUGACAUUGAUCAUCACAGGCCGGAAGCUCAAGGAUAACAGCCAUAGUACUCCAACAUUUGAUGAAGUUUAUGCAGGCGACGUGAAUCUGGAAGAUUAUCGUCCUAUUGAUCCAGUUCCGAGUCCAAAGGGUAAAACACAUCACGGAACUAUCCUCCGUGGGCCGCAUGGCACGAUGCCAUAUAUCCCAAGGCCAGCUCCUCCUCCGUCUAGUCACCCAAAGCACGGUGACUUCCCUUAG